CAGGGAGAGUCACGAAUUCUCAGAGUAAAGGUUCUUUCUGGAAUCGAUCUUGCCAAGAAGGACAUCUUUGGAGCCAGUGAUCCGUAUGUGAAGCUGUCAUUGUACGUAGCAGAUGAAAAUAGAGAACUUGCGUUGGUACAGACAAAAACAAUUAAAAAGACGCUGAACCCCAAAUGGAAUGAAGAAUUUUACUUUAGAGUAAAUCCUUCAAACCACAGGCUCCUUUUUGAAGUAUUUGACGAAAACAGACUGACAAGAGACGACUUUCUGGGACAAGUGGACGUGCCAUUGAGUCACCUCCCGACGGAAGAUCCAACCAUGGAGCGACCCUAUACCUUUAAGGAUUUUCUCCUCAGACCGAGAAGUCACAAAUCUCGAGUCAAGGGAUUUUUGCGACUGAAAAUGGCUUAUAUGCCCAAAAACGGAGGCCAGGAUGAUGAGAACAGUGAACAGAGGGACGACAUGGAGCAUGGCUGGGAGGUGGUCGACUCCAAUGAUUCAGCCUCUCAGCACCAAGAGGAGCUUCCCCCUCCUCCUCUGCCCCCUGGGUGGGAGGAGAAAGUGGACAAUCUAGGCCGGACUUACUACGUCAACCACAACAACAGGACCACGCAGUGGCACCGACCGAGCUUAAUGGAUGUGUCUUCAGAGUCAGACAACAACAUCCGGCAGAUAAACCAAGAGGCUGCCCACCGGCGCUUCCGCUCCCGGAGACACAUCAGUGAGGACCUGGAGCCCGAGUCCACGGAGGGCGGGGACGUCCCUGAGCCUUGGGAGACCAUUUCAGAAGAAGUGAAUCUCGCAGGAGACUCGCUCAGCCUGGCCCUGCCGCCACCCCCUGCUUCCCCCGUGUCCCGGACGAGUCCUCAGGAGCUGUCAGAGGAACUGGGCCGGAGACUCCAGAUCACCCCGGAUUCCAACGGGGAGCAGUUUGGCUCCUUGAUUCAGAGAGAGCCGUGCUCCCGACUGCGGUCCUGCAGCGUCACAGACACGGUGGCUGAGCAGGCUCACCUGCCCCCGCCCAGUGCCCCGACUAGGAGAGCACGGUCAUCAACUGUCACUGGUGGUGCGGAGCCAACGCCAUCAGUGGCAUAUGUACACACCACGCCGGGCCUUCCUUCAGGCUGGGAAGAAAGGAAAGAUGCUAAGGGACGCACAUACUAUGUCAAUCAUAACAAUCGAACCACGACGUGGACACGCCCCAUCAUGCAGCUUGCAGAAGAUGGCGCGUCUGGAUCGGCUGCCAACAGUAACACCCACCUAAUCGAGCCUCAGAUCCGGCGGCCCCGUAGCCUCAGUUCGCCAACCGUAACUUUAUCUGCCCCACUGGAGGGUGCCAAGGACUCACCCAUCCGUCGGGCUGUGAAAGACACCCUUUCCAAUCCACAGUCCCCACAGCCGUCACCUUACAACUCCCCCAAACCGCAGCACAAAGUCACACAGAGCUUCUUGCCACCCGGCUGGGAAAUGAGGAUAGCCCCGAAUGGCCGGCCCUUCUUCAUUGACCACAACUCAAAGACGACAACCUGGGAAGAUCCUCGGCUCAAGUUUCCCGUGCAUAUGCGGUCAAAGGCAUCCUUAAAUCCCAAUGACCUCGGACCCCUCCCUCCUGGUUGGGAAGAAAGAAUUCACCUGGAUGGCCGAACCUUCUACAUUGAUCACAAUAGCAAAAUCACGCAGUGGGAGGAUCCACGACUGCAGAACCCGGCCAUUACGGGCCCGGCUGUUCCUUACUCCAGAGAAUUUAAGCAGAAAUAUGACUACUUCAGGAAGAAAUUAAAGAAGCCUGCUGAUAUUCCAAAUAGAUUUGAAAUGAAACUGCACAGAAAUAACAUAUUUGAAGAGUCCUAUAGAAGAAUCAUGUCUGUGAAGAGGCCCGAUGUCCUCAAAGCUAGACUCUGGAUUGAAUUUGAAUCCGAGAAAGGGCUGGACUAUGGGGGCGUGGCCAGAGAAUGGUUCUUCUUGCUGUCCAAGGAGAUGUUCAAUCCCUACUACGGACUCUUCGAGUACUCUGCCACGGACAACUAUACCCUUCAGAUCAAUCCCAAUUCAGGCCUCUGUAAUGAAGACCAUUUGUCUUAUUUCACAUUCAUCGGGAGGGUCGCUGGCCUGGCAGUGUUCCAUGGGAAACUCUUAGAUGGUUUCUUCAUCAGGCCGUUUUACAAGAUGAUGCUGGGAAAGCAGAUCACACUGAACGACAUGGAGUCCGUGGAUAGCGAAUAUUACAACUCUCUGAAGUGGAUCCUAGAAAACGACCCCACUGAGCUGGACCUCAUGUUCUGCAUCGAUGAAGAGAACUUUGGACAGACGUAUCAAGUGGACCUGAAGCCCAAUGGGUCAGAAAUCAUGGUAACAAAUGAAAACAAAAGAGAAUACAUUGACCUUGUUAUCCAGUGGAGAUUUGUGAACAGGGUCCAGAAACAGAUGAACGCGUUCUUGGAGGGAUUCACUGAACUGCUUCCUAUUGAUUUGAUUAAGAUUUUUGAUGAAAAUGAAUUGGAGUUGCUGAUGUGCGGCCUCGGCGACGUGGACGUGAACGACUGGCGACAACAUUCUAUCUACAAGAACGGCUACUGCCCAAACCACCCUGUCAUUCAGUGGUUCUGGAAGGCCGUGCUGUUGAUGGACGCAGAGAAGCGUAUCCGGUUGCUGCAGUUUGUCACCGGGACGUCCCGAGUCCCCAUGAAUGGAUUUGCUGAACUCUACGGUUCCAAUGGUCCUCAGCUGUUUACAAUAGAGCAAUGGGGCAGUCCAGAGAAGCUACCCAGAGCUCACACAUGCUUUAACCGCCUGGACUUACCUCCCUACGAAACCUUUGAAGAUUUACGAGAGAAGCUCCUCAUGGCUGUGGAAAACGCACAAGGAUUUGAAGGGGUGGAUUAA